AUUUAGAUCAAUUUCUGUUUUCUUUGUGCAAUGUGACUAUGUGAGCGAGUGGUAACAGGGGUAGUACUAACUUGUGGCUACCAGAGUUGAGCCUUGUAGGAUAGUCUCUCAAGAUAUCAUGGCAAAAGUUCCCUCCAUCGUUUCCACCGCCGUAAACUUCCAAUCCGGCAAAAGCUCUGCCGUUUUCCGGAGAGGUUGUCAUUUUUGCCCAAAAGUAUACAUAAUUCGAUGUAAUAAUGCCAAGAACCAAAGAAACAUCUCAUCCCCUGGAACUGAAAAUAUGGUACUGAAGGUGGCUUGGUAUGGUUCUGAGCUUCUGGGCAUUGUUGCUUCCCUUCUUCGAUCUUCUCCGGCAAGUAGCGAAACUAAAGCUCCAGAAGGAAAAACAGAGCUCGCCUCUGAUGGGUCCGGAGUGGUUGACCGAUCCCUGGUCGUUGAUGCCAUCAAAGAGGACUUCCUGAGAUCCUACUUCGUCACAGGGAACCUGACCAUGGGUGUAUAUGAAUAGGAGUGUGAAUUUGCAGAUCCAGCUGGGUCCUUUAAGGGACUGCGCAGGUUCAAGAGGAACUGCACCAAUUUCGGGUACCUUGUCCGCAAGUCAAACAUGAAACUUGUCAAGUGGGAGGAUUUUGGGGUUAGUUAUAUUUCAUUGCCAUUCUAUAACUUGCAUUAAAAGGUGAAAUCUUCCACCCACAACUCAAACCCACUGAGUAAAUGGGGAUUAAAUCAUGGCGACACAUUUCACCCCACAGACUAAGUCACUAGUUGCUAGGUGCAAGAACCCUCUUCACUUUAAAGGUACCCUCGAUACUGGCUUUGGCAGAGUCAAUGUUGGACUCAUGUACCACAUUUUCAACUUUAGAACUAGAUGAGCUACCCAUGCGAGAGGACUUCUUUUCUAAAAUCUUAAGUGCCCGUUUGAAACUUCAGCAAAUGCAAGAGUUGAGAGAAAGAAAUUAAAUAGAAAUGUAGGAAAGUUUUAGAAUUUAAGAAAGAGUGCAUGUGGCGGUGCAUGGUCAAAAAUAAAAUGUCAGCUUAAACUCUAUAUUUUCUGUUUAUAUUUGAAAAGGUUCAUUCACUUCGUUGAAAUAAAUAGCCUCAACCCGAAAGCCAACAUAAUGCUUUUGGGGUGAUCGGAAAGGGCUAGAUUACACAAACAAUUUCGAUGAAGAUAUGGAAGAUAAGACUUGAACACUAUUUAUUAGGCUCAAGAGUAGUAUACCGGCAAUUACAACACUAAAGUUUAGUCCUACGAUAGUACACACCAAUCCCUUCAAUGGAGCUAUGACAGGGUAUUUAUAAUAGGAGAUGGCAGCCGAGGGGUUGACAUGGCUGUCCCUCAUUGGAUCAGCCAUCCUCUCUCACUAUCUUUCCAAAUCCAUGCAUUAUAUGCUUUUACCAUCAUAUCUAGAUUCCUUCCAAAAUGGAGUGUUGCCCAAAUCAUAGGCUCAUCCUGCUGAUAUAAUGGGCACAGACCACGGUACUGGAUGGACUCGUUGGGUUCAGCCAUUUCUGGCACUUGUGGAGAGUGAUGUAACUGUUCGUGUUCUGGCAUGGUGCAGAGCGGUAUGAGCCAUCUUGAGCAGUAUGGACUGUCUCGAGCAGGUCACAAGAUGUUUGCUCGGGUUCAGUAUAGCUUCACUUAAAUCCACUCAGUUUAGAGAGCGCUCUGUCGUCCAGGAUGGCCCUUCUUGUGGCAUAUCUGGGCCUCCAACAUGUACAGGCUUUCAAGUCCAGUAUAUUAUCUUGGCCGGCACGGGCUCUUGGUGGAUAAAGGGCUCGUUGCUAUGGUGCUGGGCCAAUAUCAUAACACAAUGGUUAUAAUCUAAACGCUUAUUCAAUUUUCUUCUGCAUUUUCAUGGGAAAGGCCAUAUGAGAAGAGAAGUGAUUUCCUUGACAUUGUCUUUUGCCUAUCAUUUUCCGAGUUCCAAUAUAGCCCUUAAGGUUUUGUUGAUGUGCACAGGAAAAGGCUAUUGGACAUUGGCGUUUCAGUUGUGUUUUGGCGUUCCCAUGGAAACCCAUACUUUCAGCUACUGGUUAUACCGAGUAUUACUUCAACAAGGAAUCUGGAAAAG